GUCAAUCAGCCGUAGUCCUGAAAUAAUAACAAAAAAUCCAUUGCAGCUAUUUUGGUAUUAAAUUACAUCAAAAUGGAUGAUAAAUAUGAAACUGUUAAACUGUGCUACACUAUACACAAAUAUUCAAGUUACUCCGCAAACUAUAUACCAGAAAAUAUCAUGGUAAAUAACCCAACAGACCAACUAUCGCGAUGGUUCACAGACAGUACAACGCCUUCACAGUUCAUCAUGUUGAAAUUAAAAUCGCCAUCUAUUGUGGAAUCUAUAAAAUUCGGAAAGUUCCUGAAGUCCCAUGUCAGUGACCUUAAGAAAUUUCAAAUUUUGGGAGGGACGGAUGAAAACAACUUAUCCUUGUUAUUGACUGCGGGUCUCAAAAAAGACAGUGCACCUGAGACAUUCAGACUUAGAUACAGGACCCAGGAGGGCCUGUACCUGCCCGUGCGCUACAUUAAAAUAGUGCCCCAGCAGUCAUGGGGGCCCGCCUACAACUACACCAUCUGGUAUGUGGAGCUGCAAGGCAAGAACCAGGAGGAGUUCAUCAGUAAUGCCUUGGAGACCAUUAAUUUACGUAAGGAAGAAGAGGCGGUGCGUAUGUUACUGAAGCAUUUGCGUCGGCGUCGCUAUAAGGACGCGUUUGAAGCGCUGUCGCGGGAGAGCGGCGUGCGGCUCGAAGGACCCGUCCAAGCCAGGCUGUGGAACGCACUCGUCGAAAAUGCCGAUUACAAAAAAGCUGAAGAAAUAUUUGAUGAAGCUGUAGCUGACGGCGAGCUGGACUGGUACAUGUCAUGGCAGCCGUACUCGCCGGGCUGGCGGCAGAUGUCGGCGUGCUCGGCGCAGGUGGAGGACCGCCUGUGGAGCGGGGAGGCGCCGCCGCCGCCGCCCGCCAGGCAACACGACCUGCUGUGCUCCGACAGGGACCCGAGACCUGACACCGCGGAGGCGCCUAUAAAUGGCGUGGACCCUACCGACAUAUGUGACCCGAUCUGCAGCGCCAGCGUGUGCUGCACCAAGCCCGGCCCGCGCGGCGGACACCAGCUGGUCGUCGACUCCACUACUAGUACAUUAUAUUUGUUCGGCGGCUGGAACGGCUCUGAGGACCUGGACGACCUGUGGUCCUUCUGCACUACGAGCGAGCGCUGGACGCUGCUGUGUCACCACAGCGGCCUGGUGGGCGGCCCCACGCCCCGCUCCUGCCACAAGAUGGUCUUCGACCCAGUGCAUCGACGACUAUUCACCUUGGGACGGUACCUCGAUAAUGCUCAGCGGAUACCCAGUAAUAUGAACAGCGACCUAUACAUGUACGACGUGCCGUCGGGGGAGUGGACGCUGAUCUGCAGCGACACGGCGGCGGCGGGCGGGCCGCGCCUCGUGUUCGACCAUCAGAUGUGCAUCGAUGCUGACACGCAGACGAUAUAUGUCUUCGGCGGUCGAGUGUUGCCAUCCAAUACCGAGGAGGUGGUGAGUCCGCAGUACUCGGGGCUGUACGCGUACUACAUCUCGACCAACACGUGGCAGCUGGUGCUCAGCGACAAGCACGAGCUGGACGCGCCGCAGGCGAGGGUCUCGCACUCCAUGCUGUUCCAUCCUAUCCAGCGUCGGCUGUACAUGUUCGCGGGGCAGCGCAACAAGGAGCACCUGGUGGACCUGUGGUGGUGGGACGUGGGGUCGGGCACGUGCGGGGCCCUCUGCCGGGGCUCGGCCGCGCCGCCGCCGCCCGCCGCCGGCUUCACGCAGCGGGCCACCAUCGACCCCGAUACUGAUGAGCUGUUUGUACUGUCCGGCAUGAGUAAAGAGAAGGACAAGCGCGUGUACAACACUCUGUGGGUGUUCUCUCUGCGGCGGCUGACGUGGACCUGCGUGUACCGCAACGACAGCAUCGGGCCCAACGAGCCGCGGCCGCGUUUCGCACACCAACUCGUCUACGAUCCCGUUAAAAAGAUCCACUACCUAUUCGGUGGCAAUCCGGGCAACCAGAGCAGUCCGCGCGUGCGGCUGGACGACCUGUGGGCGCUGCGCCUGCGCCGCGCCUCGCUGCCGGGGGCCCGGGCCGCGGCCCGCGCGGCCCUGCGCGAGGCCUGCUACGCGGCCCUCGCGGCCCGGGCCCGGGAGGACCCCGACCCCGCCGCCGCCGCUGCCGCGCUGCACUACCUCAGGAACGACCUGUAUAGUGUACUCGAUCACACCUGCCCUAUACAGGUGAGCCGCUUCCAGAAGCUGGCCACGGUCCUGUUCGCGGGCCCGGGCCCCGAGGAGUGCAGCGCGGUGGCCCUGUCCCCGCGCCGCACGCGCGCGCUCGCCCGCCGCCGACACACGCAGCCCGCGCCCGCCGACCUCGCACAUGCACUCGCACAGGUACUCGGCGCGGACGACAACGCGCCGGAACCAACGCAGCCGUAUGAAGAAGUUACGGAGCCCACGCCCGACACGUGGGACGUGGGCCAGGACGACGAGCUGUCGGGCGAGCGCGCGGCCGCCGCCGACUGGGCCGCGCGGGCCAAGCGCAUCGCACUCUACGACUCGCUCUGCCAGUUCUUCAGGCCCUCCACGGUCCCGCCCAGCGGAGAUAUCACCGACCUCGUCACGCUUUAAUCAGGUAUCAUAACGAACGAAACAGGUACAAGUCGUUGAACAAACAGCCAAUUUUGUUGAUGACGUGGUUUAGCGCCAUCUAUCGUGACACAGUUAAAAGUUUGAAAUUGACAGUAACAGAAAAUAAGAGAUUUUGUUCAGGAACUUGUUUUGUGACAACUUUGAUGUUGUCUACAGUAUUGAGAGCAUAAGUAAUCCGAAGAGUCAGGUUUUCAAAGAUAUCUUAAUUUUUCUAGAUAUACUUAUAUAUCUUACAAAUUUACUCAUUGAUAAUUCAAAAAAUAUUCCCUUACACAUCUUUAAAUGCAGUUUGUGCACGAAAUCUUAUUUAACGGUUAAAAUUACACGUUAUAACGUCUAUGUAUAUUAAUAAUUAAAAGUAUAAGACAAAAUGAUCGAAACAUUAUAGUCACUCACAACUGCACUUAUUUUCUUACAUAAUUAAAUUCGCAAUUAAAAAUUAAUAUUGUAAUACCAAUUGAAAGGUAUAGUUUUACACUUGUCUUGCAAUUUCUUGUUCUUCACAUGGUCCUUAGCUGGUACUAAGCCCUUUUCUAUACUACUAGCUUAGCUUUCGACAUACUAUGAACGUUCAUGAAUUUCUCUAUAUUUUUCUUGUGUCGUUGUUUUUAUAUAAUACCUGAUAAAUACUUACGUUACAAAUUUAACAUAAUAAUAUAAUUUGUAAUUUGGUAUUCACGUAUUUAGACGUACGUACACGUAAUAACUUCCAAAUAUAAAAGCGUAAACAGUACUAACUUCAAAAGCCUAUCCUUUUCUAAUUAGCAACCCCAAUUGCGUCUUUAGGGCUGUUAGGGCUAAAUUCGUAUGUUCUUUAUCAAGAGCGUGCGUUCCAAAAGAAUUUGCUUCCAUCUUCCUAUUUCACGUGACAAUAUUUUGUACCGACAAUUACGAAAAUGUAAUUUAUUUUAAUUUUUGUUAUUUUUUUAAUAAUGGACAUUGUAUGAGCAUUUUAAGUUGACGGAAUAUGGUUUUAUUUAUAUUGUUUUUUUUUUAUUGCAAGACUGUCAUUUGACUUAUUUUCUUCCAAUAGGUUUUUGUUGUUGGCUCAACAUUUAGUCAUUCACAUUUUCGUUAUUGUAUAUGACAGUAAAUUUACCAAUAAUUUAAGUGGUUAGUCAAGAGCGACUGCGAUUCUGCUCGAAUUAAAAUAAAAUUUAAGUCAUAAUUUUAUCAGUCUUGCAAACUUUUGUAUAUAACGCAGAUAUUGCCUAAGUGACGGCACUAAGAAGCGUAAGAGGCUGUAUCCUUAACAUUGUAAAUAUUAAGAGCUGUGUGGGAUGUGUCGGCGCGUACAGCGGUCGCGAACCGAGUCUAGUCAGCGUAUCGAGAGCGGAGUUGUGCGCGAUACAUCGUAGUAACACAGAUGUGUGAGUAAGACACAAAAGACAUUUAUGCAUUUCAAUAAUUUUACAUCCACUAAACUUUUAAUACAAAUUACUAAGAGAUGCUAUUUUUUUUAGAUUGCAAAACAAUGCACGUUGAAACGUAAAACAUUUAACAAAUAUAGUCAGCUUCCUAGGUUUAAAGUAAAAUGAACGCGUAUAUUUACAGACUGUGAUAAAAUUGCUGUAAUCGAUAUAUUUAAAACGAGAGCUAUAUUUGCAAAUCGGCUUCGGAUAUAGAUAAUGUUGCCAAAUUAUAGUAAUACGGCUAAAUAUAUUUUAUUCAUUUAAUCACGUAUUUUUCCAUGUAGUUAUAAAAUUGUAUGUGUUUAUUUUAGUGUUGUAAAUUACGUGAGUCUAUUAUUGUUAUCCUAAAUGUGGUAAUCAUUGUAUCUAUUAAGCAAUUUUGGUUUCAAAAUGUAAAUGUUUAACGACAAGAUGUCUGGUUCUUUGCUCAGUGGCGACCUCUGUAUUGCCCAGAUGAUUCUAUUAUUAUAAUCAACGCUAUUAACUCUGCUUCAUUUUCAAUAGAUUUGAUUAAAGUUGUAUAUGAAUAUUGGGGUGGAGUUAUUGAAAGAUUUUAUACCCUUAAAGUAUGAUUCGAGUCCAGUUUUCAUUUUCUCAGUUUGUCCAUUCAGUUACGUAUUUAUAAGUUUCCAAACAUCUUGUGGUUUGUUAAAACUCAGUUGUAAACGUUUUAGUAUAGUAUUUACAAAACAAUUUUUUUUACAUCAGAAGCAGGUAGAAACCAGACUGGUCAUAUAGACCAUUUUUAAAAAGAUAUUCGUAUCCCAGCGUCUGUAGAUGUUAAUGCCUGCUUUAUUGUAGCUUUUGAGAUAAUUUAAAUUGUCAAGCUCAAUGUGUUAUAUCGAUAUACUUCCAAAUACUCCCGUUGCGGUACAGUCAGCGUUACCUGUAUACGGUACGUUGUUACGCUGCCGACUGUACAUAUACCUAAAUACUCGAGUAACUGUAAAUAUUAGUGUAAUACCCGUAAUUAAGAGAAAUUACUUACGUACGCAAGAUACGUCUUGUAAAUAAUGCAUUUUUAUUCAUGUAAGAAUAAAUUAUUUGUUUUCAAUUUGUAACAUGAAACAUUCUCAGUCUGUAUGUACAUAAAUAUGCGUAUUAAACCGUU